ACAUCUCCGAGUCGAAACCGGUCAUUCCAAGCCGAAGCCGGUCAUUCCGAGCCGAACGCUGUCACUCCGAGCCGAAGCCGGUUAUUCCGAGCGACCCGCAUUUCACGUGACUCACCGAAUAGCAGCAGAGUGGACUCUGACGGAGAAGCAAUACGAUUUUAAAUGUCUGUAAAGGACUCAAAGCCGAAUCUCACCCAAUGCCAAGCUGCGGAGCUGCUUGAUCGUGUCUUUGGACUAACUGUGACACAGAUGAAACUCUUGCCCAGCUACGAUGACCAAAACUUCCACAUACGUGUGAGUGAAGGGAGUGAGUAUGUUCUGAAGAUCAUGAACUCAGUGGACAGCAAGAAUUCCACUCUGUUGGAGCUCCAGAUUCACGCCAUGAGCUUCUUACGACAGCACGGCCUUCCUGUCCCAACUGCCCUUCCCACUGUGGACGGGCAGCUAUUGAGCCUUGAGGAUAUUGACACUGGAUCAGGCAGUGAAACAUACUUGGUGCGAUUGCUGACCUACCUGUCAGGCACCACUCUUGCCAGAGUUCCCUCCUCCCCUCAGAUUCUGUAUCAAGUUGGGAAAAUGGCUGCAGUGAUGGAUGAAAUACUGCAGAAGAUGGAGCAUCCAAAAAUAGAGGUGCUACAGAGGGAGAACUUCAUUUGGAAUCUGUCCAAUGUUCCUCUGCUAGAGAAGUAUGUCCCCGUAAUGGAUGGCGAUCCUGUUCAGCAGAUAGUAAAGGAUGUCAUUCAGCUGUACAAGAGUCAAGUUUUGCCAAAACUGAGUUCAUUCCGCAAGUGUAUAAACCAUGGAGACUUUAAUGACCACAACAUAUUGGUGAAACCCGAUGGGCCAACUGGCUACAAGAUCUCCGGCAUUAUAGACUUUGGAGACAUGAGCAGAGGCUACUAUGUCUUUGAACUGUCCAUCGCUAUAAUGUACAUGAUGAUUGAGAACCCUAAUCCAGUUGAUGUGGGUGGACCAGUGCUGGCAGGCUGGGAGACCGUCUUCCCUUUGAAUGACGCCGAACGGGAUUCCCUUUACCUCCUGGUCCUGUGCCGCUUUUGCCAGUCUCUUGUGUUGGCACGUCAUGCGUGUGCUCUUUAUCCUGAGAACAAAGAGUACCUGAUGAUCACCGCAAAGACAGGCAUUAAAAUCAUAAGUAAACUCUGGGAGUUGGGCAAGGAACAGGUAGAAAGUCACUGGUUUGAAGGAGCCCGGAAGUAUUUAACGCAGCAGAUUGACGUAUCACCUUAAUCAAGGAGCUACUGAGAGCACAUAUGAUACAUAAGAACAUAAGAAAUUUACAAACGAGAGGAGGCCAUUUGGCCCAUCAAGCUUGUUUGGGGUGAACUUAACCAAUAGCUCAGAGUUGUUAAACUCUUAUCUAGCUCAUAUUUAAAGGAACCCAGGGUUUUAGCUUGCACUACACUAGCAGGAAGACUAGUGUAACAGCACCCCCCCUACACAUAUGUGUAGUUUUAAUAUCUUACGCUAUGCAAAAUGUAUUGCACAAAUCGUAAAAAUGUCAAGGCAUGUCAGACUACCUAAACAGUGGCUGGCUGGCCACAGACUGCAGAGGAGUAUGAGAAAGCCUGAAAAAGAAUAGUAAUCGAUCGUUAUACAUCAGGUUUCAAUGUGUCAGUGUUUCGUAACGCUAACACUUGUAUUUUUUUUUCCAUAAUUCCCAUAACCUAGACAGAGAGACUGUCCUAGGUUAGGAAAGCGGUGCUUGAUUUUAAUGAAGGAAAUUUUUACCUCCUCUAUUUUGUUAUAUUCAGACAUUUUUAUGAAGCAAUUAAAGUGUACUUGGAAUAAAA